AUCGUCGUCGUCGUCGUCAUCAUCGUCGCCAUCGCCAGAGAGAGAAGAGAGAGAGAGAGAGAGAGAGAGAGAGAGAGAGAAUGAAUCUGGAAACCGGAGCCCACGCGGACCCGACCCGGAACCCGGAUCCGGAGCCCGGCAAUGCCGGCGGCGGCGGCGGCGGGGACGCCCGGCAGCUCUUCUUCUUCGACGACGGCGACGACAGCAACUGCUCCACACCUUACGUCAGCGCCCCGUCCAGCCCCGGCCGGGGCGGCUCCGGGCCCGCCGCCGGGUACUUCUACAGCGCGCCCGCCAGCCCCAUGCACUUCGUGCUCUCGUCGUCGUCGUCGUCGUCGGCGAUGGGGCUGGCGGCGCAGCCCCGCGCGUCCGAGAGCUCCGUGUCGUACGAGUUCGAGUUCUCGUCCCGGUUCGGGUCGCCGGGGUCGGGCCAUCCCGGGCCGAUGAGCUCGGCGGACGAGCUGUUCUUGAACGGACAGAUCCGGCCCAUGAAGCUGUCGACCCACCUGGAGCGGCCGCAGGUCCUCGCCCCGCUGCCGGAUCUCGACGACGAGGAGCGAGGGCGGGAGGGGAGCGACAGUGGCGGGGGCUUCAGGGGCAGGGAUCUGAGGCUGAGGGACAAGUCGGUCCGCCGGAGGACGAGGUCCAUGUCGCCGCUUAGGAACAUGCCGUUCGAGUGGAACGAUGAAGAAGAGGAGGAGGAGGAAGACGGCAGCAGCGGCAGAGGAAGUAAGCUCGGCGGCAAGUCAGGGGAGAAAGCGGAGAAUCUCGACGAGGAGCAAGGCGACGCUUCGAAGGUGGAGUCCUUGUCCUCCGAAACGACGCCGUCGGUCUCGGCUUCGUCCUCGAGGUCGUCGUCGGCUGGUCGGAGCUCGAAGAGGUGGGUGUUCCUGAAGGAUUUUCUGAGAAGCAAGAGCGAAGGGAGAAGCAACAACAAGUUCUGGAACACGCUCUCGUUCUCGCCGGUCAAGGAGAAGAGAGACAAAGAGAGACCCGCCAGCACCGUCUCAUCUUCGACCUCGAAACCGAGUAAAGUCCCGAGCUUGUCUUCGGCAUUUGGGGUCGCCGGAAGCUUUCUCGACGCCGAGAAAACCAAGAAAGGCGGUAGCGGCGGCGGCGGUUCCGGGAAAAGAUCAGGUGGGAAGAGGCCGGUGAACGGGUCGUCAGCCGGGAAGAGGAGGGUCCCGCCAUCGCCGCACGAGCUGCAUUACACGGCGAACAGGGCCCAGAGCGAAGAGAUGAGGAAGAAGACAUUCUUGCCUUACAGGCAAGGCCUGCUCGGUUGCUUGGGGUUUAGCUCGAAGGGCUAUGGUGCCAUGAACGGAUUCGCUAGAGCUCUGAACCCCGUUUCUUCCAGGUAAAAAAAAAAAAAGGAAAAAAGAAGAAGAAGAAGAGACUGUGGUGUUUACUGUUAGGUUUCUCAUAAUAAACUGUAUAGAUCUGGGCUUUUUUCCUUUUUACUUUGGUCUCUUUUUGUUUAGCUUUCUUUUGGAUCAAAGAUUUGAUGGGUCAUUAGUCUACUUAUGGUGACCCCUCUCUGUUGAUGAGCCUUCUCUUCCUGUUUACUAGAGAAGAAGAAGAUGUUUGCCUCAGAUUAUUAUUUGGGGCUUAUAUUCUAUAUAUGAUGAUUUGUGUCCCCAGUUACCUUGCAUCAAACUGUUUUAUUCAGUGUAAAAUUCCUCUCUUUACUGUCC